AUGGUGACCGGCGCUGCCACCCUGACGGAUGUACUGUCCUUCAAAGGUCCCCAAGAGGCCCCUGUCGCCCAUUGCCCCCCCGGCAAGAACCCAGCCACCAAGGUGCUGGCCAAGGCCAACGCCCUCCGCAAGUGGCUCAGCGUGGGCACGGACGGCGAGGCCAGCAUCCUGGAGCUAGCAAAGCUGCGCGUGACCCACCAGCUGGGGGUCCAGCUCCGGGAUCUGAGGCUGCUGGACCCCCAGUUGGCGGCCAGCUACCCCUCGGCCAUCCUGGCUCGCGAGCAUGCGCUGGUUGUCAAUCUGGAGUUCAUCAAGUGCAUCGUCACCAUGGAGCACGUGUACAUCACCAGCCUGGAGGACCCCAACACCCUGGCCUUCGUGGAGGAGCUGCAGCGCCGCCUGGCCAGCAUGGAGCGGGAGCAGCUGCUGCAGCGCACCUCCCUGCGCGGCUCGGUGGCGGGCACGCCCUUUGACGUCCCCGUCACCCUCUCCGGCGGCGCGGACGGCGAGCUGGGGGAGCUGGCGGGCAUGUCACCACGCACUCGGCGCUCGGCCUCCAGCGCCUCCACCGACUCUUCCAUCGUGGACGAGGAGGUGGCCGCGGUGGAGAUGCUGCUGGAGCCCUACUUCAUGCAGGUGGACAACACCUACAACAAGCUGCAGACGCUGUGCGAGUACAUCGACGACACCGAGGACUACAUCAACAUCGAGCUGGACUCCCAUCGCAACGAACUCAUCAGGUUGGACCUGGUGCUGACGGCGCUGACCGCUUCGGUGGCGCUGAUCACCGCCAUCACCAGCCUGUUUGCCAUGAAUCUGGAGCUGUCGCCGGGCGUGCAGGGCCAGGCAAGUCGUGAAGGCCCCUACUGGCAAUUCAUCGUCGUGUCGGUCGUGUGCUGCCUCGCCGCGGCAUUCAUCUUCACCGGCGUCAUGGUCUACUGCAGGUGGAAGCGCCUGAUCUGA